AUGGUCCCCAACGAGCACGCCGCAGCCCAAGGGGACGACGAAGAAGGACAAACCCCAGAGGACAUCGUCGCCGCCCUCCACGCCCUGAUCAGGAACGCAGACGACCCGGACGACUUCCUCGCCAAACAAGUCGACAUCACCGCCCUCGUCCUCCGCCUCAAGCACCUCCAGGACCGCCAGCCCCCCAGAGUGUCCUUUUCGCCCGCCGUGGCAGCGUCGCGCCGCACGCGCCUCGAAGCAGCGCUCGAGCUCCUCCUCGCAGACACCUGCGCCAUUCCGCCCCUGAAGUGGGCGGCUUACCGAAGAAGGCUCGUCAAGUUCAGCGAGAGCGAGACCGUGUCCGAAAUGUCCUUUGCGCAGCGUCUCUGCAAGGUCACUGAGAUUGUCUACAUGCCUGAGGAGCUGGACGCGCUUUCGAAAGAGGACUUUAAGAGGCUGCAGGGCGUGGUGAGGAUCUGCGCUACGGCGGCGCAGGCGUUGACCGUGGAGGGGGAGGAGAGCAUGGAUGGGCUGGGGGAGAGGUGGGUGCAGGCCAAGGCGAGGGAUCUGGAGUUUUUCAGGACAAUGUUUGCUUCCGUGAGGGGCACGUUCAAGGCCUCUGUGGGGGAGGGGGAGGAUGUUGAGAUGCCGUGGGAGAGGAAGAGUGAGCCUCAGGGUGGUGCUGGUCAGUGA